GAUAAAUCGAGUCGGAUGUGACGAUUUGCAUACAGAGAUCAGAUAUGCCAGAAGAUUCACAUUAUCUCAUAGUUCCCUGCAGAAGAAACAGCAGUAACUGAGGUCACUAGUAGGAAGUAACACAAACGAUUUAGCAAUGGCAUUCGAUGGAGUUUGGCAAGUGUCUGAAAAUCAUAACUUUGAAGCUUUCCUCAUUGCCUUGGGUAUACCUGUGAAUCAGAGAAAGUUGGCAAUGGAUGAUAACCUGGAAAUGGAAAUAAAGCAGCAAGGAAACAAAUUCACAGUAGUGGAGAAAAGUUGCUUUGGCACCAAGUCUUCAGAAUGGUCUUUGGAUGAAGAAUUUGAAAAUACUCUUGCUAAUGGGAGUCAGGUGAAGGGAAUGUUUAGUCUCAUCAAGUCAAACCGACUAGAAGGACAUUUUAAAAUACUUCCUGAUGGAAAGGACUUCAUCAUAAUCAGAGAAGCUGAGGGAGAUAAAUUGGAGCAGAUCAUUAAGAUUGAUGGACAGGAAUCUAAAAGAGUCUUCAAGAAACAGUGUACAUCCCCCAAGAGCUGAGAAGAUUCCGUUCUGUGCAAUUCAUCCAUUCAAUCUACAACACACGCAGCGUCGCAUUUCACAUUGGAGCUGAUUGUGAACACUCUGCAUUAGUACAGACUUUAUCAGCUCACUUGAAUGAUGGAAAUUUUAAGUAUGUUAAUCCUUUUCAUAAUCAUAGAACCAAGUUUAACCAAUAAAGUAGAAAGAAAAUGUCACUCAA